GUCUAUGAAACAUUUGGAGACCUCCCUGGCGUAACAGGAAUCGCAGACGAUAUUGUGGUCUAUGGUAAAACCCGUCUGGAACAUGACACAAAUCUCAGAGCUGUCAUGAAACGAGCAAAGAAUGCUGGCAUACGUUUCAACCCCGACAAGUGCAUCAUAGCCUGCAACAAGCUUCCAUUUUUUGGGCACAUCCUCACUAACGAAGCCUGAAGUUGGACCCCAAGAAAGCAGAAGCAAUUUCCAACAUGGAUCCAUCUACAAGCCUUGCCGAUCUACAAACCUUUCUAGGUACGGUACAGUUCCUCAGCCGUUUCAUUCCCAACCUUGCGUCUGAGUCCGCAGUCCUUUGGGAUCUCACCAAGAAGAGCAGCGAGUUCCAGUGAAACCCGGAGCACCAAGCAGCAGUGAGCAAGAUCAAGAAACUGAUUACAGACCCAAGCUCUCUUCAGUAUUUUGACAGCCGCAAGCCAGUAGUAAUUCAGGUCGACGCCUCUACCCGUGGCCUGGGAGCAACGCUCCUCCAAGAAAAUGGACCUGUUGAAUAUCGAAGUAACUUGCUAACCGAGACAGAGCAACGUUACUCUAACAUCGAAAGAGAAAUGCUUGGAAUUGUCCAUGGACUUGAAAAGUUCCACUAUUACGCCUAUGGCAGACACGUAGUUAUCGAAACUGACCAUAAGCCUCUUGAAACGAUAUUCAAGAAGAACCUCGCUAGUGCGCCUCCAAGAAUUGCUAGAAUGAUGUUGCGGAUACAAAAGUAUGAUGUUGAGAUUAAAUAUGUACCUGGGAAGGACAUUCCUUUAGCCGAUGCAUUGUCACGUUUGAGCCCCUGCGAAGCUGAUGAAAUAACAGGUUUAGAUAUUUCAGUCCACGAGCUACAUCUACACCUCAAUGCAAGUAACACUAGAAUUAAACAGAUCCAGGUUGAAACAGCGAAUGACCUCGAACUUACCUCACUUCGAUCAGUCAUAAGUGUUGGUUAG